AAAGUCAGAUUGUCUGACACAGGAUUACUAAGAAGAUAAACAGAGUUCAAUAGUACAUAUGAUUCAGAGAACUUGCUGAGCUUUCGUUACUCUAACCACUGUUAUUUUCUCUUCAGAUGAUGAGAGUGUUUAGUACGUCAAUUGUGACUUUACCCUAGCUUCCCGUGACCUUUCCAGUAACUGUCCAGUAGUAAGACAUGGGUUUCUUCAGCCAGCUGUGGCUCCUGUCCUGGAAAAAUUUUACUCUCAGAAGGAGACAGAAGUUCCGGCUGGUAGCGGAGACUGUCUUUCCAUUGGCAUUAUUCAUCAUUCUAGUCAUUGUGAGGACCAGACCAAACCUAAAGGUCCCCUACACAGAGUGUCACUAUGAUGGGAACGCCAUGCCCAGUGCUGGUGCCCUACCCUUUGUCCAGUCUUUCCUGUGUAACUUCAAUAAUCCGUGUAAUUCCAAAGUGACGGAGGAUGAGAAUUCUGGGACGAUCGGAAGUUUUGAUCAGUCAACAUUAACCAAAUUGAUAAAAGAUAUAUCAAAAGUGUUAGAAGAUAACUCCAUCAUAACUCUGAGUCAUAUCUUACAAGAUUUUGGGUUUUAUUCUCGAGUCUUAGACAAUGUACGCAGUGGAAAUUCCUCAGGGAAUUUUACCAUAGGGAGCGUGAUUGUAAACCCCCAACAGAUAAUUGACAGUUUCCAGGACAACGACACGCGACAGGCCGUCAUUGAUCUCCUGGGAACCAGCAUCAAUCUUAAUCUGUUGAAUGAAACAGUUGUAAAUGACAUUUUGGAAGAUGUAGGGGUUUGUAAAAUCCCCAGUCUGAAUGGCACGGGAAUCGAUCCCUCGACAAACCUGACACUUACACAGGCUCAGUUCCGUGACCUGAUCUGUGACCAGGACCAAAUUUCUCAGAUCUUUAAUUUCACGUCCGAUGCUGCGCGAGACCUGGUGUCCAUUCAGUUAUGUAAUCUCUCGAACCCUGAGAGUAUAAACAACGUAAUUCUGCUGCUGGAUGCUCUACAGACGGAUUUCAAUUCCACCUCUCUACUGGACCAGUUAAGGAGAUUUGCCAUAGCCAAUGCAGGGGGCAUCGGUGGAAGCCCAUUGAUAGAUGCUAGUGCUCUGGCUGCUUUGUUGAAGGCAUACCAGGAUAUCCAGCAGCUGUCCAGUCUAGAUGACCUGGUCCAGCUUUUCCAGGAUUUGGUCCAGGACGGUCAGGCCACGGCGGGGUCAGGGAUGGACUUUGGGAGGAUGGUGUGUGGGCGGAGUAACUCGAUGAUUGGGAGCCUGGCAACUGGACUGGGGGGUCUAGUGGCGACGGGGGGAGUACAGACGGGGGUACAGACCGGGAACAAUACACUGAAUGUCACCGUGGGACCAUCGAAACCAUCAGAGGAAUCAGGAGGAUUUACUGGUAUUUGUGCCACAAUUAAUGACACAAUGUAUAGUAGACGCACCACUCGAGUUCUCUGGAAGCAGAUUCUGCCGAUGUUACAGGGAAAGAUCUUGUACUACCCAGACACACCCGCUGUCAGAAAAGUCAUUAAAGAGGCCAAUCAGACCUUUGAGGAGUUUGCCAGAGUGAUCGAGCUUUCCAGGAACUACAGUCAGGACUACUACUUUGAAAUAUAUAACUACCUUAACAACAGUGCAAACAUUGAAUUCCUGCGGACUUUGACUGGUUCCUGUCUCUGUGAUUUGGCUUUUGACCAGUUGAGGAACACUCAGAAUAUUUCCGAGGACUACAGUGCAUGUGAAUCACUGAACAACUUUCUUAACAAUCGCAAUUCAACAGGCUACGACUGGAGGAAUGCCAUCAAUAGUACUAGAACUUUGGCUCUUGGAAUCGCAGAGUUUGGAGGAUGCUUCAACUUGAAUAAGUUCGUGGGCUACAAAAAUGAGAGACAGAUGAUCAAUGAUGGUGUAAGAAUGAUAGAGGAAUUGAAAUUCUGGGCAGCAUUGGAGUUUAAAGUAUCGGACAAUGAUCAGACACCCCUGCCCACUCAUGUCAAGUACUCCAUAAGAAUGGACACAGAUAAGAUUGAUAGUACAACAAGAAUACAAGACAAGUACUGGCGGCCAGGACCUAGGUCAAGUGCUGGAAUUGACACAAAGUACAUUACUUAUGGGUUUGCAUACAUUCAGGACAUGGUUGACCAUGCCAUCAUCAAUGUUCAGACCAAUAAACAAGUGUCUGUGGGAGUGGAGACCCAGCAAUUCCCCUACCCUUGUUAUACCCGGGACAGGUUUAUAUUUGCGAUCUCCCGCUCCCUGCCUCUGUUUCUGGUUCUAGCCUGGGUUUUGUCGGUCGCUAUGAUCUGUAAGAGCAUCGUUUACGAGAAGGAGAACCGACUAAAGGAAGUGAUGAAGAUCAUGGGACUGAGUAACGCGGUUCACUGGGUGGCCUGGUUCAUCAAUGCGUUUAUUAUGAUGUUCAUCACUAUUAUAUUUCUUACCAUUAUUAUUAAGACUGGCAAUGUCCUUGAGCACUCUGAUUGGGGUGUCCUCCUUGUGUUCUUCACUGCGUUUGGAAUCUCCACCAUUAUGCAGUGUUUCCUGUACAGUACGUUCUUUAACCGAGCUAACCUGGCUGCUUGUGUGGCGGGCUUCCUGUACUUCAUCAUGUAUCUACCCUACACUCUGGCAGCUCAGUGGGAAGACUAUCUAACCACAGGACAAAAAGUUCUCUCGUGUUUUUCCUCUGGCGUGGCCUUUGGCUGGGGCUGUAGCUAUCUGGCUCGCUAUGAGGAGCAGUCUAUAGGCAUCCAGUGGUCUAACAUUGCCUCCAGUCCUAUAGUGGACGAUGACUUCAACAUGUUAUCCUGUAUCUUCAUGAUGCUCCUUGACUCCGUUAUUUAUGGACUUGCUACCUGGUACAUUGAGGCUGUAUUCCCAGGUCAAUAUGGCAUUGCCAGAAAGUUCUACUUCCCUUUCCAAAAGUCCUACUGGUGCGGAGUGUCCAGUGCUAAGGCAGAGGGCAGGUCCUACAUGACCAACACACCUGAUGUUGAGCUGGGAAAUAACGGAAUUCCACUGUUGCAAAUAAAUCCAGAUGUGAAUGUUGAGGCCGAGCCAAAGAACAGAAAGCUGGGUGUGUCCAUUAGAAACCUUCGGAAAGUGUACAAACAGGGGAAGAAACUGGCGGUGGACAACCUGAGUAUUAACUUCUACGAGGGGCAGAUCACGUCAUUCCUCGGUCACAAUGGAGCAGGGAAAACAACCACCAUGUCCAUACUGACGGGCCUGUUUGAGCCUACAGAUGGAACGGCCUAUAUUUAUGGCUAUAACAUUCAGACAGAGAUGGACAACAUAAGGAAGAGUUUGGGAAUGUGUCCUCAGCAUAACGUCCUGUUUGAUGGUCUGACAGUAGAAGAACACCUGUGGUUCUUUGCCCGUCUGAGAGGACUAGAGAAUGAGGAAGUGAAACAAGAGAUGGAGCAGAUGAUCAAAGAUGUGGGCCUACCUCACAAGAGGAAGGAACUGUCAUCCUCACUGUCAGGUGGUAUGAAGAGGAAGCUGUCGGUAGCCAUUGCUUUCUGUGGAAAUGCCAAGACAGUCAUUCUGGAUGAACCCACUGCUGGAAUAGAUCCCUACGCUCGCCGAUCUAUCUGGGAACUUCUCAUCAAACUCAAGAAAAAGCGGACCAUUAUCCUGUCUACACACCAUAUGGAUGAAGCGGACGUACUGGGCGACAGAAUCGCCAUUAUCUCUCAUGGAAAACUCUGCUGUUGUGGUUCAAGUCUCUUCCUAAAAUCUCAGUACGGCAGCGGCUUCUAUUUGACGUUGGUACGCGGCAAAGAGGGAGAAUACGGCAAUGACAUGGAGUCUGAUGAUGACGAUGACGAUGAUCCAUAUGACACGAUGUCAAUCGAUUCCAGACCUAGCACUGUGUGCAGUAUCCGGACCGUGAGAGCCGUCAAGGCAUCAAUCAGAGAGCCUGAAGAUGAAGGAUAUGAUGAGAAUUCUAAGAGUGAUUCUGGGAGUGAUCCCCCUUCAAAGCCCCCAACCCCACCCCCAGAGGGAGCCACCAUGAUUCCAGGUUUCUCUGUAGACCGUCUGAGUGCUUUCAUUAAGCGUCACAUCAAACAGGCUCGGCUGAUCGAGGAGACAACCACAGAACUCGUGUUCCAGCUACCAGACGGGGAAUCGGAACUCAGGAAGUUUGAAACUUUGUUCACAGACCUGGAAAAGAACCACAGAAGUCUGGGAGUCUCCAGCUUUGGUAUCUCCGACACAAGCUUAGAAGAGGUGUUCCUGAGAGUUGCCGAACAAACAACAGAAGAAGAAUUACCCGAUGAAGUCAGACGAAGCAGGCUUGAAGAUCUUACCGAUAGUGGUCGGUUUGCUCGCCCUGUUAGCAGACUUAGCUUCAGGAGAAAAAAGAAGAAGUCGUUCCUCAAAAGUCUGGUGAAGGGUAAAAAGUACGGCAGAAUUGACUCUGAGGAUCUCAUCAGCGAUACAGAAUCCCUGGCCUCCCUUCCAACGAGUGAGGCGCCCACGGAGGCCGGCUUCAGGAUGGACGACUACCAGAAGGUCAGUGGGAAGUUCCUGUUCCUGAGACAGUUCCAGGCUCUGUUUAUCAAACGAUUCCACCACGUCAGGCGAUCCAAAAAAGGAUUCUUCUUCGAGAUCAUCAUGCCUGCAUUGUUUGUGUUACUGGCCAUGAUAUUCGCUGAGAUAACGCCCCCUCGAGACAAGCAGCCACCCCUAGAACUUCAACCCUGGAGAUAUGUGCCCACCAAGGGAGAUCAGCAUCUCUUUGUCUUCUAUAGCAAUGAUGGCAAGGGUCAGGAUUGGUCAGAUAAAAUGGUUCAGAGUCUGCUAACUCGGCCAGGAAUCGGAAAUCGCUGUCUGAACCCCAAUGUCUACAGUAUUGAGGAUUAUCCUUGUACUGGUGAAAGCUCCAACUGGAUGAACUUCCGCCCGAUCUAUACUAACACUACCAUUGACUCUCCCAGCUGUUCCUGUGACACGGGCUUCCAGAAAUGUCCUCCAGGUGCAGGAGGCCCUGAGCCCCCGAGUAAGCUGUUACCGACCUCGGACUAUCUGUACAACAUGACAGCAAGGAACAUUAGUGACUGGCUCGUCAAGACGAUGGAGAAAUACCAGAAACGGAGAUUUGGAGGAUUUUCCUUCGGAGAUGAGGAUCCUUUAGCAGCAUUUAAUGCCACAGAGCUGAGGGUUGUGAUAGACAAUCUGUUCACUGUGUUAAACAAUGGGACUCCGACGACAUCAUUUAACGAGACUGUCCUCAUAGAAACCCUGCAGGGAUUGGCCACACAGAGGGUUAAUAAGGUCUGGUAUAACAACAAAGGCUGGUUUGCUGUGGUGGCCUACAUGAGCGCCAUGAAUAACCUCUACAUAUAUGUAUCUGUAGGGAUUACUCACCCCAUGGAACUGACCAAAGAACAGCUCAACGAGAAUCUGUUGUACCAAGGUGCCAUAGAUGUGGUGAUUGCGAUAUGUGUUAUAUUCGCGAUGUCGUUUGUACCCGCCAGUUUUACCAUGGUUCUUAUUGAGGAGAAGGCCUCCAACUCCAAACAUCUUCAGUUUGUCAGUGGAGUCAAUCCUGUUAUUUAUUGGGUGUCCAACUUUUUGUGGGAUAUGAUGAAUUACCUGAUGCCCUGCCUCAUCUGUAUAAUCAUUUUUGUUGCCUUUGACAAUAAAUCUUACGUAGGACCAAACAACUGGCCAUGUUUAAUCCUGCUCCUGUUUUUGUAUGGGUGGUCCAUGAUUCCCGUGAUGUACCCCUUCUCUCGCCUCUUCAGUAUCCCCAGUACCUCCAUGGUGGUGCUCCAGUCUGUUAACAUCUUCCUGGGCACCACCUCCACGCUGGCCACCUACGUUAUAGAGUUCCUACAGCAGGAUGACGAGGAGCUGAAGAAUAUAAAUACCAUUCUGAAGCGGGUUUUCCUGCUGUUGCCUCAGUAUGGUCUAGGGAGAGGGCUGAUGGACAUGGCUUAUAAUCAGAGGGUCUCAGAUGCUGCCGCUUUACUGGGUGAAACAAUCUACACAAGCCCAUUUGAGUUUGACCAAGUGGGAAGAAACCUGUUGUCCAUGUUUUUUAUUGGCAUUGUAUUCUUCACUGGCAACCUUCUGAUAGAGUACAAUUUCUUCAUAAAAAGAGGGAUGUGUUUCUGGUCACCCAAACCUACCCACAAGCCUCUGAGUGACGAGGAUGAGGACGUAGCAGCCGAGAGGAAGAGGAUUAAGUCAGGAGGAGCGAAGGAUGAUAUCCUCAGACUCGAGAAUCUCACAAAGGUUUAUCGAUUGUUUGGUAAGAAAGGACGUAACACGGCAGUGGAUAGACUUUGUGUGGGGGUCCCCAAGGGGCAGUGUUUUGGUUUACUAGGAGUGAACGGAGCAGGGAAGACAACCACAUUUAAGAUGCUCACAGGAGAUGUCUUUGUAACUGAAGGAAAUGCUUUCCUAAACAACAACAGCAUUUUGACAGACAUGGUGAAGGUUCGUCGAGACAUUGGAUACUGUCCCCAGUUUGAUGCCUUUGACCCCCUCUUGACGGGGCGGGAAAUCCUACGAUUCUACGCCAGGCUGAGGGGAGUGAAGGGGAAGGAUGUCAACAGGGUGUCAGAUUGGGCCAUCAGAAAACUAGGCUUGCUGAUAUACGCUGACAAACUGUCAGGAAGUUACUCUGGAGGAAACAAACGCAAGCUGUCCACAGCCAUCUCCCUGAUAGGAAAUCCACAGAUCAUAUUUCUGGAUGAGCCCACUACUGGAAUGGACCCCAGGGCUCGGCGAUUCUUAUGGAACUGCAUUAAGAACAUUAUAAAGGAUGGGCGCUCGGUUAUCCUUACUUCUCACAGUAUGGAGGAGUGUGAGGCCUUGUGUGGCAGACUGGCCAUCAUGGUGAACGGAACUUUCCGUUGUCUCGGAAGCAUCCAGCAUCUCAAAAAUAGAUUUGGUGAGGGUUACACCAUUAUUGUCCGGGUAGCGGGAGAGAAUCCAGACAUGAAGAAUGUGGAGGAUUUUAUUUGUUCCACGUUCCGAGGAGCCGAGCUUUUGGAGGCCCAUCACAACAUGUUACAAUAUCAGCUGAGAUCCAGAGUCAAACUGUCCAAUAUUUUUGGGCAGCUGGAAAAAGCCAAGUCCAAACUCAAUAUUGAGGAUUACUCUGUCUCCCAAACUACUUUGGAUCAGGUGUUUAUAAACUUUGCAAAAGAUCAAACAGAUUUGUUGGAUGAUGAGAUUCCUGAUCAGUCCCGCAGAAAGAAAUCCAGUAGUUUCAAAAAAGAUAACGGUGUAUAUCCUGUAGGAGGGACCUCCGGCUGUACGGACACUGACAGUAUUGCUGGGUCCAGCUUAGGCGGAUCCACGAUAGAGUUACGACAACCCCACGGCAGAUUUAGGACAGAUUAUGAUUACCAGAGCAUGACGUACACGGAUGACGAGAGUUUGACGGGGAGCACGGUGGACCUGAUUCGCCCCAGUAGUGCCAGGAGCAGCACUCGCAGUGCAAACGCAAUGUCUAAUGUCCAGAUCUUCUAAAGAGUUUGGACAGCAAUCCAAGUACUUCAAUGUGAGCCUCUUUAUGUAGAUGUCCAAAAAUACUCGGUGAACUUGGAAGUGUCAUUGAGGAAGACUGUGUAUUUACACUGAAUAGAAAGUGAACUGGACAAAGACUUAGAUAAUAUUCGAUGUUUGUGUGUUGUUUUUUUUUUGUUUUGUUUUUUUUUUUGCAAUUCAUCAAUUUUAUGUCCAGGUUCUUCUGGACUCUAUCUGUGAUGCCACAAAUUUUAAUUUUAGAAAUAUCCCAGGUUAUAUUGUGAGAUUGUCUUAUUACUAUCAUUUUCUGUACAUAUCUUUGUUUAACUUAUCAGAUUUCUUUUGU